AUGGCUCAGUUCACACAUGGCAUUUCAGCGCUGGACGUGACGCCGGCGUCGGCGCUCUCUGCGCCCGUGUGGCUGUUGGGUCGCCGCUUCCAGGACGUAGCAGCGACGGACUUUGAGGCGUACAAGCGCGCGUUUGAAUCGAUCUUGUGGUUCACCUACCGUCGGGAUUUUGUACCCAUGACGCCGUACGAGUUUUCAAGCGACGCAGGGUGGGGGUGUAUGCUGCGCUCAGCGCAGAUGUUGCUGGGUCAGGCGCUCCAGCGUCAGUUGAAUGGACGACUGUCGCUUCGGACGGCAGUUGAACUGGAGAGUGGGGGGACCUUGUCGGAGAUAGAUGUGAAGCUGUUGAUGUGGUUUGCUGAUGCUCCGGAUAGUGCGUGUCGGUACUCGAUCCAUCACAUGGUGCAGAUGGGGAUGCACUAUGACAAGCUCCCGGGGGAGUGGUAUGGACCGACUACUGCUGCUCAAGUGCUGCGGGAUCUGGUAAAUCAGUACCGACGGGAUUGUGGCGAGACACUCGCCAUGUACGUGCCACAAGAAGGUGUCGUGUACCGGGAUGAUGUGACGCAACUUUGUGUGUCGCAUCUGGAAAAGGAAGCGGUGGAGAUGAAGGAGAUGGAAAUGCAGGACGGGCCGGCGUUUUUUGACCCGUUGCUGCAUCCACCGGCGGUGGAUGAGUGUCGAGAGUGGAGCACGGCGCUGCUGAUUCUGAUUCCGCUUCGACUGGGGUUAGACCAACUGAAUGAACGUUACGUUCCGGCUUUGGAGAAAACUGUUUACGUUCCCGCAGAGUGUGGGGAUUAUUGGUGGCAAGAGGGGACACUCGGUGUACUUUGUGGGCACGCAGCAAAACCAAUUACAUUUGCUGGACCCUCAUGA